AUGGCCGAAAUAAAACAGCAAAACAAAACCAAUAACAGCAGUUUGGAUGGACGGGACAAACCGAUAAUCGCACCAGCUCAGGUGGAGGACUGUUCAGAAAAUGGUGAUGCGAAUAGAAAACCACACUGUGAUGUGGUGAACUGGUGGUGGUACGUCAGCUAUGACGAUGCGUACACUAACGCUUCAGUAUUAACAAUAACAAUGCGAAGAAAGGUGAAGACCCUAGGUGAGACAACGUGGAAGGAUCGAUAG